AAAUCUUAUCUCGCACCAAAAGAAUAUUAAUUGUGGUUUAAAAUCCAAUUAGCUUUGUCGAUUUUGUCUGUGUGCGCAAUCACACGUAAACACGUAUAGAUUCAACUUUAUUUAUUGUUCUUGUAAUAGAUUAAACCUCGUGUGUAUAAAACAAAGACAGACCCUUCUUCCUGAUCUCAUUUCCAGUAGAUAACAACCCAAUUGAAGAAGAAACCAAUGUCUUCCAUGUGAAACACUUCUCGAUUCUCAGCUUCUGGCUUUGUGUUAAAAGAAUCUUCCCCAAAACGAUGUCGCUUUUGUCGAAGCUACGGUGUAUCACAGUAGAUGUAACUGGUACACUCAUUGCAUACAAAGGAGAGCUUGGUGAUUACUAUUGUAUGGCUGCUAAAGCCGUUGGCUUGCCUUGUCCUGAUUAUACACGAGUCCAUGAAGGUUUCAAAAUUGCUUAUACAGACAUGGCUCAAAAGUAUCCUUGUUUCGGUUUCUCCAAAAUGCCAAACAUUGCUUGGUGGAAAACCUGCGUGAGAGAUUCAUUCGUCAAGGCAGGGUAUGACUAUGAUGAGGAAACGUUUGAGAAAGUGUUUAGAAGAAUCUAUUCGACGUUUGGUUCUGCUGCACCUUACUCUGUGUUUCAAGAUUCUCGACCUUUCUUGAGAUGGGCACGGGAGAAAGGGCUGAUUGUUGGACUUGUUAGCAAUGCGGAGUAUCGAUAUCAAGAAGUUAUUUUACCUGCCUUGGGUUUGAACAAGGGAGAGUGGGACUUUGGUGUGUUCUCUGGUAUGGAAGGGAUAGAGAAGCCAGAUCCGAGGAUAUACAAGUUGGCGUUAGAGAGAGCGGGGAACAACAUUGCGCCUGAACAGGUUCUGCAUAUUGGAGACAGUAUGCGUAAAGAUUAUGUCUCGGCGAAGAGUAUUGGGAUGCAUGCUUUGUUGCUUGAUAGGUUUGAGACAGAAGCUGCUAAAGACUGGAGAGAAGCUGGAGCUGUUGUGCUUCCUAAUUUAGUUGCUGUUCAACAGCUCUUGGAGUCUGAUAAGUUGAAAUGUUAAUCAAGAGACCUCUAAGGAAUCUAAUGUAUUGUAGUAUUGCACAUUUUGGCUCUUUCUUCUUCUUGUAAUGAGUAAAAAGAGUUUCAAAGGCAAGAAACAAUUAAAACUAUUCAAACCAAAUAAUACUUCCAACAAGGUGAAGUUUAUAAUAGUUUACAUGAUUAAGAAA